AUGGGGAACUGGUACGAAAUACGCGAGACAAGCGAUGCCAGCGAACCUGGCGGCGUGGAAUGUCAGCGCAGCCCCGACUCCAGGACGCAGAAGAAGCGACCCGCGAUGAACGUCAUAGUGCCAGUGUUGGUGGCCGGCCUGGUGGCGGCCGUCUCGGCCCAGGGCUGCGGCUGCGGUCGCCCCCACAACCUGCCCUGCCUGGUGAUCCCGUCUCCCCAGCAGGCGCCCGCGCCCAUCGUCUACCUCUCCCCCAACCCGCCGCCAACCCCGCCGCUGGUGAUCCGGGCGCCGCCCAGCCCGCCCCAGCCGCCAUCCUUCAUCGUGCCGCCCCCGCAGCGGCCCGCCCCGCCCGUCUUCGUGGCGCAGUCGCCGCACCCCUGUCCCUCCCCCAUCUUCGUGCUGCCGCCGCCACCACCGCCGCCGCGCCCCAUCGUGGUGCUGCCCCGCGGGCCACCGCCCCCGCGGCCCGUGAUCGCGCUGCCCGCCAGGCCCGCCCCCCGCCAGCAGGUGGUGGUGCCGCCCUCGCCGCCCGCCCCCCGCCAGUGCAUCGUGCUGACCCCGCCGCCCCCGCCGCCGCAGCCCAUCGUCGUGCAGCUGCGCGGGCCCUGCGGCUGGUGAUGCCGUCCACCGACCACGCUCUGCUACCAUUACCCUCGCUGAUGUUUCCAAAACUAUCUCUCUAAUGGUUUGCACAACCAAUAAAUAAAUACAAAAAAUCCUGCACUUUAACAAA